AUGACAUAUAUAUUUAUAUGUAUAAAUCCGACUAUCUUCUGUCCACUGAACGGAAUCACCAAGGAUUCGAUGUCUCUCGAACCAUUCCUAAAAGAUCGUAAUGAUAGUUUCACAACUCGUCACAAAAACAAAAGCGAGGAUGGUGGUGAAGGGGAACUUGAUGUAGCAGGGGCUACAUGCUCUGAACAAACCAUUGUGUCUACCAACAGACCAUUAAUUUUUGAAGAAACUGCCGACGAUCACAUAAGCUCAUUAAAUGAAGCACUUCAAACAGCAGACAGUCAUCUACGCUUUGGAGUCAUUUUGCAAGAUGUAAUCGGAAAAAUAGAAAAUAAUAUUUUGCUUAGCCUGGAGGAGAAAACUGAAUGCUAUUUGAAACUAGUUGUGCAAGUGAACAAUGCCAGAGAGACUUUACAAUCUAAAAAAGAUUAUCUAUAUUCUCACGAGAACACAGUAGCACUUUUGAAGGAAAGAGAAACAGCAAAAGACAACAAAAAAAAGGGAGUCAUCAGUACGAGCUUACUGCCAAGACUGCUAUCUUAUACUGCACCUGAAAAAGAACAACAACAACAACAACAACAACAACAACAACAACAACAACAACAACAACAACAACAACAACAACAACAACAACAACAACAACAACAACAGCAGCACCAGAAACUGCGCCAAAAACUACAUAGAGCUAAGUCACUAAUCAGUAGCAGUGCAUACAAUUACAGACCGGGGAGUGAAUCCUCUAUUUCCACAUCCGUGAGUAUGUCUACCUCAAGCUCUGAUAAUAUGCAAACCUCUUCUUCAUUCGAAGCGAAUAUAGAAUUAUCAGCAGGAACAACUAGACAUAUUGCACGUCCCGAUACUUGUCGACAUUGUGGCUCGGUGCAAACUAAGCAAUGGAGAACAUACCAUCAUUAUGAUGGUCACAUAUGUAAUCCAUGUGGUCUUUUUAUUGCAAAAUUGACAGCAAGAUUGAAGAAUGAUGACGAUGUUUGGUUGAUAUUACAAUACAAGAAGAAGGAAGGCACGGCGGCAAUGAGAAAUUUGAAAGAUGUUCCUGAUCCCAAUGUAAUCAGAAAUAGUGUGUGA